AUGUCGGGCCCACCGGGCUACCGAGGUCCGCCUCCAUCAGGACCAUCCGCCAUGCGCGGCCCUCCUCCUGGAAUGCCACACUCCGCCAUGGCAGCUGCUUCCUCAUCAUAUCGAGAACCUGCCGCACUCACACAGGAGCAACUCCAGGCGAAAGCGCGCAAAUGGCAGCAGACACAGAGUCGCCGCUUUGGCGACCGCAGAGGCAAGACCGGCUUCGUCGACACCGGCAAACAAGAGAUGCCGCCUGAGGUGCUGCGAAAGAUCAUCAAAGAGCACGGCGACAUGACCAACCGCAAGUACCGUCAGGACAAGCGUGUCCACCUCGGUGCGCUCAAGUACCUACCCCAUGCCAUGAUGAAGGUGCUCGAGAAUAUACCCAUGCCUUGGGAGCAGAUCCGAGAGGUGCCCGUUCUAUACCACAUCACUGGCGCCAUCACCUUCAUCAACGAGGUACCAAAGGUCAUCGAGCCCGUUUUCCACGCUCAGUGGGCGACCAUGUGGAUCGCCAUGCGCAGAGAGAAGCGAGAUCGACGUCAUUUCAAGCGUAUGCGAUUUCCACCGUUCGACGACGAGGAGCCUGUCGUCGACUACUCGGACAACCUGCUAGACGUCGAACCACUCGAAGCCAUUCAGCUCGAAUUGGACGAAGAGGAGGACGGCGCUGUGAUCGACUGGUUCUACGACCACAAGCCGCUCAUCGACAACCGCAAGCACGUCAAUGGCUCCUCUUACCGCUUUUGGAAUCUCGAUCUGCCGCAGAUGGCGACUUUGCAUCGUCUCGGACGCACAUUGCUCAGCGACGCGUCCUCGUCGGGCGAUCGCAAUCCGUUCUACCUCUUCGACAAGAAGGCCUUCUUCACAGCCAAGGCGCUCAACAUGGCCAUCCCUGGUGGUCCCAAGUUCGAGCCUCUCUUCAAGGACACCGACGGAUUCGACGACGACUUCACUGACUUCACCGACUUCCGCAAAGUCAUCAUCCGCCAGCAGAUCCGUACUGAGUACCGGGUUGCUUUCCCGCACCUCUACAACAGCAGACCGCGCGCAGUCCACAUCGGCACCUACCACGAGCCCAAAAACAUCUACAUUCGAUCGGACGAGAUCGACCAGGCUUUCUACUUUGACCCUGCGAUCAACCCCAUCUCCGCCCGUACCUUGGCCAGCUCGAAUGCGUUCCGCUCGGAGUACGAUGACGGCACCCCGGUCUUGAGUCACGAGGAUGAAGUCUUUGGGCCCGAUGUCGAAGGCGACGACGAGCUGCCAGACGAGGUCGCUUUCUCUUUGCCGGAAGAGAUCGAGCCUUUCCUCGAGGAUGAACCGCUCGAGAAUGAGCUCACCGCUGACGCCAUCGCUCUCUGGUGGGCGCCAAAGCCAUACUCGCUGCGAAGCGGGCGUACACGGCGUGCAGUCGACGUGCCACUGAUCCAGCCCUGGUACCUCGAACACUGCCCACCGAACCAACCAGUCAAGGUGCGCGUCAGUUACCAGAAGCUGCUCAAGAACUACGUCUACAACAGUCUCCACACCACCAAGCAAAAGGUUCACAAGCGCACCAACCUGCUGCGCGAGCUCAACAACACCAAGUUCUUCCAAAACACGUCGAUCGACUGGCUCGAGGCAGGUCUACAAGUGGCAAAGCAGUCGUUCAACAUGAUGAACCUCCUCAUCCACCGCAAGGGUGCUUCAUACCUCCACCUCGACUACAACAUGAACCUCAAACCCACCAAGACGCUCACAACAAAGGAGCGAAAGAAGAGUCGUUUCGGUAACGCCUUCCACCUGGUGCGAGAGUUGAGUCGUGUCAUGAAGCUCGUCGUCGACGCACAUGUGCAGUUCCGCCUCGGAUCUAUUGAUGCCUUCCAGCUCGCCGACGGUCUGCAGUAUCUGUUCAACCACGUCGCCACCCUCUCGGGUAUCUACAGGUACAAGUACCGCUCCAUGCGCCAGAUCCGAGCUUGCAAGGAUCUCAAACACGUCAUCUACUACCGAUUCAAUGCGGCAGGUGUCGGCAAGGGCCCUGGUGUUGGCUUCUGGGCGCCUUCCUGGCGCGUGUGGAUCUUCUUCCUGCGAGGCAUCGUCCCUCUGCUCGAACGUUGGCUCGGCAACUUGCUAGCGCGUCAGUUUGAGGGUCGUGCAGGACGGUCGGGUGCGCAAUCGAUCACUAAGCAGCGUGUCGAGUCGGCGAUGGACCUAGAACUCCGUGCCAGUGUCAUGCACGACAUCCUGGAUGCCAUGCCAGAAGGGAUGCGACAGAACAAGAUCAAGACCAUCAUGAGCCAUCUGCAGGAGGCAUGGCGCGCUUGUCGUAGCAACACCCCUUGGAGUCCGAACCUGCCAGCUCCCAUCGAGAACCUCAUCUUGCGCUACGUCAAGCAGAAGUUCGACUGGUGGACCUCGGUUGCGCACCAGCAGCGUGCACGAAUUGCCCGUGGCGCCACUGUCGAUAAGACGGCAGUGCGCAAGAACCAGGGUCGUCUGACUCGUCUUUUCCUGCGUGCCGAGCAAGAGCGACAGGCCGACUACCUCAAGAGCGGUCCUUACAUCACCUCCGAGGUCGGUGUUGCCGCAUUCACCGCAACUGUGCAGUGGCUCGAGGCGCGUCGCUUUAGCCCCAUUCCUUUCCCCAGUCUCAACAACAAGCACGACGUCAAGCAUCUCGUGCUCGCCCUGGACUCGCUCAAGGAGGCCUACUCAGUCAAGGGCCGUCUCAACCAGAGCCAGCGUGAAGAGCUCGCCCUCAUCGAACAGGCGUUCGACAACCCACACGAGACCUUGGCGCGCAUCAAGCGACUCAUGCUUACGCAGCGCGCAUUCAAGGAAGCCGGCUUCGAGUUCUUUGACACCUUCAGCAAGUUGACGCCCACCUACGACAUUGAGCCCAUCGAAAAGAUCACCGACGCAUACCUCAGCCAGUACCUCUCGUACGAGGCAGACAAGCGCCAGCUCUUCCCUGCAUGGAUCAAGCCCAGCGACUCGGAGCCUGCACCUCUGCUUGUGUACAAGUGGUGCAACGGUAUCAACAACGCGCACGAGAUCUGGGACACCUCUGAGGGCCAAUGCAAUGUCCUCAUGGAGACGACGCUUAGCAAGGUAUUCGAAAAGAUGGACCUGACGCUGCUGAACCGACUGUUGCGAUUGAUCAUGGAUCACAACAUGGCCGACUACAUCACAGCCAAGAACAACAUCUCGAUCGUCUUCAAGGACAUGUCGCACGUCAACUCGUAUGGUCUCAUCCGCGGUCUGCAGUUCAGCGCCUUCGUCUUUCAGUACUAUGGCUUGGUGCUCGAUCUUCUCAUCCUCGGUCUGCAGCGUGCCAACGAGAUGGCUGGGCCGCCCAACAUGCCCAACGGGCUCUUCCAGUACCGCGAUACCGCGACCGAGUCCCGUCACCCGGUGCGCCUAUACACUCGAUACGUCGACCGCAUCCACAUUCUCUACCGCUUCUCUGCCGAGGAAGCCCGAGACUUGGUGCAGCGCUACCUCACCGCCAAUCCGGACCCCAACAACAGCAAUGUCAUUGGCUACAACAAUCGCAAGUGCUGGCCGCGCGACGCUCGUAUGCGUCUCGUCAAGCAUGAUGUCAACCUCGGUCGCGCUGUCUUCUGGACGGUCAAGAACAGCUUGCCUCGCUCUCUCACCACGAUCGAGUGGGAAGACACCUUCUGCUCGGUAUACAGUAAGGACAACCCGAACCUGCUCUUCUCGAUGCUCGGCUUCGAAGUGCGCAUCCUGCCCAAGACUCGACAGGAAGAUGUCGAUGUCGCGCGUGACGGAGUCUGGCCUCUUAUUCAAGCCAGCUCGGGUGAGCGUACUUCGACGGCGUUCCUGCGGAUCUCUGAAGAGGGCAUCGCCAACUUCAGCAACCGCGUCCGCGCUUUGCUGAUGUCUGCCGGUGCAGCGCCCUUCAGUAAGAUUGCCAACAAGUGGAACACCUGCCUCAUUGCCCUGAUGACGUACUACCGCGAAGCCGUGGUCAACACCGAGGAGAUGCUCGAUUUGCUGGUUCGAAGCGAGAACAAGGUCAUCAACCGCAUCAAAUCGGGUGUCAACAGUAAGAUGCCCUCUCGUUGGCCCAUCCACAUCCUCGCUUCGCCCAAGGAGCUCGGUGGUCUUGGCAUGCUCUCCAUGGGUCAUGUGCUCAUCCCAGCUUCGGAUCUCAAGUACUCGCGACAGACGACGACCGGCAUCACGCACUUCCGUGCCGGUCUGUCCAAUCAGGAGGACCAGCUGCUGCCCGCGCUCUAUCGAUACAUCACACCCUGGGCGUCCGAGUUCGAGGACUCCGCACGUGUCUGGCAGGAGUACGCUCAGAAGCGCAAAGAGGCCAACGAGCAGAACCGCCGUUUGACGCUGGAGGAUCUGGAAGACUCGUUCCAUCGUGGUCUGCCUCGUAUUGCGACGCUCUUCCAAAAAGACCGCACCAUCCUGUCCUACGACAAGCUCUGGCGUGUUCGCCAGGACUUUAAGAAGUACCAGGUCGCGAAAGCCCAGCCGUUCGCAUGGACCAACCAGCGCCACGACGGCAAGCUGCACAAUCUCAACCAGCUGCGCACGGAUACCAUCGCAGCGCUCGGCGGUGUCGAGACGAUCCUCGAACAUUCGCUCUUUGCCGCCACGGGUCACCCGACCUGGGAAGGUCUCUUCUGGGAGAAGUCGUCCUCGUUCGAGGAGAGCAUGCAGCAGAAGCGUCUCACCAACGCCCAGCGAUCCGGUCUCUCGCAGAUUCCCAACCGUCGUUUCACGCUCUGGUGGUCGCCGACGCUCAACCGCAGCAGUGUCUACAUCGGUUUCCAGGUGCAACUCGACUUGUGCGGUGUGCUCAUGUCGGGUAAGAUGCCGUCGCUCAAGAUCUCGUACAUUCAGCUCUUCCGCGCGCAUUUGUGGCAGAAGAUCCACGAGUCGGUGGUGAUGGACUUGUGUCAGGUCUUUGAUCAAGAGCUCGAGGCUCUGUCCAUCGAGACCGUGCAGAAGGAGACGAUUCACCCGCGAAAAUCGUACAGGCUCACCGCCUCCAGCUCAGAUAUUCUGCUGUUUGCCAGCUACAAGUGGCCCAUGUCGCGACCCUCGCUGCUGACCGACUCGCGAGACGUCAUGGACGGAUCGAGCGGCAACAAGUGGUGGGUCGACGUGCAGCUUCGAUGGGGUGACUACGACUCGCACGACAUCGAGCGCUACUGUCGAGCCAAGUUCCUCGACUACACGAGCGACAACACUUCCAUCUACCCAUCCGCCACGGGUGCUUUGGUCGGUAUCGACUUGGCGUACAACAUCCAUUCGGCGUACGGUAUCUGGUUCCCCGGCAGCAAGCCGCUCAUCCAGCAAGCGAUGGCCAAGAUCAUGAAGGCAAACCCUGCGUUGUACGUGCUGCGAGAACGCGUCCGCAAGAGCUUGCAGCUGUACAGCUCAGAGCCCACCGAGCCGUACCUCAACUCGAACAACUACGCCGAGCUCUUCAGCAACCAGAUCAUUUGGUUCGUCGACGACACCAACGUCUACCGAGUGACGAUCCACCGCACCUUCGAGGGCAACUUGGUCACCAAGCCGAUCAACGGUGCCAUCAUCAUUCUCAACCCUCGAACGGGCCAGCUCUUCCUCAAGAUCAUCCACACCUCGGUUUGGGCAGGUCAGAAGCGAUUGGGUCAGCUGGCCAAGUGGAAGACAGCCGAAGAGACGAUCGCACUGGUGCGCAGUCUGCCUGUCGAAGAGCAGCCCAAGCGCAUCAUCGUCUCGCGCAAGGGCAUGCUCGAUCCGCUCGAGACGCACUCGCUCGACUUUCCGAACUUGUCGAUUGUCGGAUCUGAGCUGCAGCUGCCGUUCCAGUCGUUCCUCAAGCUGGAGGCGAUCGGUGACUUGGUGCUCAAGGCGACGCAGCCACAGAUGGUGCUCUACUCGUCGUACGACAACUGGAUGUCCAACGUCAGCAGUUUCACUGCCUUUUCGCGACUCAUCCUGCUGUUGCGAUCGCUGCAUGUCAACCAGGAGAAGGCCAAGAUCAUCCUCCGUCCGCACCCGGGUGUCGUCACGGAACCGCAUCACCUCUGGCCGACGCUGACCGACGAAGAGUGGAUCAAGGUCGAAAUUCAACUCCGUGACCUCAUCCUGGCCGACUUUGGCAAGCGCAACAAUGUCAAUGUCAACUCGCUGACGUCGUCCGAGAUCCGCGACAUCAUCCUGGGUAUGACGAUCCAGGCACCCUCCGUGCAGCGGCAGCAGAUGGCGGAGCUGGAGAAGACGGCGGAAGCGGCGCAGCAGGUGACGGCGACGCAGGUACGAACCGUCAACGUGCACGGCGAGGAGAUCCAGACGGUCACCACGACGCAGUACGAGAACAAGGUGUUCAGUUCCAAGUCGGAUUGGCGUGUUCGCGCUCUGUCCGCCACCAACCUGCCUCUCCGUUGUCAGCACCUGUACGUCUCGAACGACGACAUCAAGGAUGACGUGGGUUCGCUGACUUAUGUCAUGCCGAAGAACAUUCUCAAGACGUUCAUCGUCAAUGCGGAUCUGCGGACGCAGGUGGCGGGGUACAUGUACGGUGUUUCGCCUGCAGACGCGCCGAGCAUCAAGGAGAUUAAGGUCAUCGUGUGGGUUCCGCAGCGUGGGUCCAACCAUCGCGUCGAGCUGCCGGACGAGCUGCCGGAACACGAGUUCAUCCUUAAAGACCUCGAACCGCUGGGAUGGAUCAAGACGUCCUCCAUGGACCUGCCCCACCUUCCACCGCAGGAUGUGGCGAUGCACGCGCGCACCAUGGCGGCACACACCGAGUGGGGAGCAUCGACCAUCGGCAUAACGUGCGCCUUCACCCCGGGCUCCGUCAGCCUCUCCGCCUACAACCUCACCGUGGCGGGCUUCGAAUGGGGUCGCAAGGCGACCGACACCGAAAUCGCCGCUGGAGGAGGAGGAUUUAACGCAGGAACCAUGAUGGAUCGCGUCCAGCUCUUGCUCAGCGAUCGAAUCCUGGGUACCACGCUGACCCCCAGCGAAGGCGCGUGGAAUUAUGGCCUGAGUCUGUCCGCUCAGUGGUCCAGCAACAUCAAGUACAAGGUCGUACUGGAUCGACCGGCCGGCUUUUGGGACGAGAUUCAUCGACCGCAGAACUUCUUGACUUUCACCAACGAUCAGAGCGGAGAGACGGCGGACGUGGCUGAUAUUCAGGAUGCGUUCGCUUGA